CCAAACGGGCGCACAAGAUCAGUUGGCCAAGUGAGUCUGGGUUUACCCGUGGCCCUGCUUCUGGUUGCAAUUUAUGCCCAUCGUCCAAGCUGGGCGCUUGAACUUAACUCCAAUUUCACUGGCGGCAGCGGAGAGAGCGGUCUCUUGAGAACAGUGCGCCACAUUUAUGGCCAGUGUGCAGAUAGUGAUGAUAUUUUCUGGUGCUGCAAGCUACAAGGGGGACGUCUGUUGGGCCGCGCUCUCAAAGUGCAGCAACUCAGCAUUGUGGAUGGUGUUGGUCUAGUGAGACGUGAAAAUGCUGCCCAAGAUUCACGUACCGGACGCUCCAGCAUAUCGGAGAGUCAAUUGAAUAACCGUGAUUUGGAGCAUAUGUCUAGUAAGAGUCUCGAUGCCUUGCUGCUGGAACGUUUCCUUGGAUUUGUGCACAGUCAUCAGCUGCAGGUUAAUCUUCCACGGCUGCUCAUCUACGGCGAGCGUAAUAGUCAGAACUGGUUGCAGUCCCUAAUGGGCUAUUUUCUGCCCAGUGAAUUGGCGGCAAACGGUGCAGGAGAUGGACGCAAGAAAGAUGACAAAAAGUAUCUGGGACCCUUCAUUGCGGCUGUACUGCUGAAAACAGCCAUUUUAAAGAUGGCCUAUCACUCGAUUGCCAUUGUGGCUGGCAAGGCUCUGAUUGUGGGCAAAAUUGCUCUUAUCAUUAGCGCCAUCAUUGGCCUCAAGAAGCUUGUUAGCCACGAUGGCGGCGAAAAGACCACCUACGAAAUUGUUAAGCAUCCGCAAGUGCAGCAGAGCCACACCUAUUCGUCCAGCCAUCAAGGAGAAUAUGACAGUGGUGGCGGUGGCCAUGAUGGUGGUUCCUAUCAUCGCAGCAUAGACGACGAAAUGAUGAUGCAGGAUAAGGCUUACCAGGCAUGGAUGCCACAAUCUGGUGGUGUGGCUACCGCCGGUUUAACUUCCGCCAAAGUAUCGCGAUAA